AAGUCACGUGACUUAUUGUUUACUUCCGGCAAGCUGAACCAGAUAGCUUCCCGCCAAACAAAGAGGGUAUUCAGGAUGCGGGGAGCAAGGAAAGCAAAGUCAAAGGCAAAGGUCACAGUUCAAGGGGCAUUUGUUGAGGCAACCUCAGACUUACCAGUACCAGAGAAUGACUCUGACAGUGACUUUGAGGAACCAAUGUCUGUGUCUGGUGCUGGCAGUGGGCGAGGACGCAAAAGGGGGUCAGGGAGAGGGGGCAGUGCGGUGAAGCGCCCCCGCCAGACUGGUGCAGCAGCCAGGAACAGAAAAAAGAGUGAGGAUGAGGAGGACUCCGGAACUGGUUCUCUGUUUGAUGUCGUCAAAAGUGGAAAAGCCUCACUGCAGAGCACUGUAGAUGAGUGGAUAGAAUCAUACAAGAACGACAGAGACACAGCGCUCGUGGAGCUCAUUCAGUUCUUUAUACAGGGCUCAGGGUGCAAAGGAACCAUAACUCCAUUCAUGUAUGCCAACCAGGAACAUGCAGAAAUUAUCCGUAAAAUGACCGAGGAAUUUGAUGAGGACAGUGGAGACUACCCUCUGAUCAUGUCUGGUCCUAACUGGAAGCGUUUCCGGGUGAACUUCUGUGAGUUUGUGCAGGUGCUUGUCCGACAGUGCCAGUACAGCAUCAUCUACGACCAGUACAUGAUGGACAAUAUCAUCUCUCUACUGACCGGUCUCACUGACUCACAGGUCCGUGCCUUCAGGCACACCAGCACUCUGGCAGCCAUGAAGCUGAUGACAGCUUUGGUGGAUGUAGCUCUGAAUCUGAGCAUUAAUUUGGAUAACACACAGAGGCAGUACGAAGCCGAGCGACAGAAGCAGCAGCCCAAGAGGGCCAACGACCGACUGGAGAUGUUGUUACAGCGCAGGCAGGAGCUGGAAGAAAACCAAGCAGAAAUCAGGAACAUGUUGACCUAUAUCUUUAAAGGAGUCUUUGUCCACAGAUACAGGGAUUCCCAGCCGGAGAUCCGCUCCAUAUGUAUGGCAGAGAUCGGUACCUGGAUGAAGAAGUACCCCAACAUGUUUCUGGACGACGGCUACCUCAAGUACGUGGGGUGGACCCUCUAUGACAAGAGUGGAGAAGUACGCUUGUGCUGCCUCAAAAGUCUGCAGCCAUUGUACGACACAGAGGAACUCGCCACAAAGCUGGAGCUGUUUACCAACAGAUUCAAGGAUAGGAUUGUGGAGAUGACUCUGGACAAGGAGCAUGAAGUGGCUGUGCAGGCAAUCAAAUUGGUCAUCAGUAUACUACAGUUCAAUGAGCAGAUUCUGGCAGACAAGGACUGUGAGAAUGUCUACGAAUUGGUAUACUCCUCUCACAGACACGUGGCUCAGGCUGCUGGCGAGUUCCUCAACGCCAAGCUGUUCAGGCGUGACGAGAACAGCACCAACAAACUCAAAAUCCACCGCGGCAAGAAACAGAGUUUGAACACACCCUUGUUACGAGAUCUCGUCCAGUUCUUUAUUGAGAGCGAGUUACACGAGCAUGGUGCGUACUUGGUGGACAGUUUGUGGGAGAUCAAUGACAUGAUGAAGGACUGGGAGUGUAUGACCGACCUACUUCUGGAGGAACCUGCCAAGGGAGAGGAGUAUAUGGACGACAAACAAGAGACCAGUCUGAUAGAAAUCAUGGUGUGUUGUGUUCGUCAGGCCGCGACUGGGGAAUCCCCUGUAGGAAGGGGCACCAGCAAAAAGCUGACAUCCAAAGAAAACAAACAGGUGCUUGAGGACAAGACCAGGCUGACCGAGCACUUCAUAGCAACCCUACCACAGCUCCUUCUGAAGUACCUGAUGGAUGGAGAGAAGGUGGCGAACCUGCUUCAGAUCCCUCAGUACUUUGAUCUUGAUAUCUACACCACCAGCCGACAGGAGAAGAACUUGGAGCUGUUGUUGAGGUACUUACACGAGAUCAUGGAGAAACACACAGACUCUGAGGUUUUGGAGGCGGCUUCUAAGUGCUACGAAUCUCUAUGUUCCGAGGAAUUUGCCAUCGCUGGAAAGUGUGAUGUGGCAAGGAAGACUUUGAUUGACAGCCUCAUUGCCAAGUUUAAGGAAUCCAUGCACGAUUUCUUUGCAGAGGGUGAGGAACCAGAUGAUGAUGAGAUCUUUGCCCUGCUGGCCUGUCUCAAACGUAUUGAGGCUCUGUACAGUUGUCAUGAUUUAAAUAGCUGGGACAUCUGGGAUGAUAUAUUUCACAUCAUAAAGUCGGGGAAUGACAGCCAGGGAAUACCUGAAGAGAUAGUGUGUAAGGCCCUGGCCUGUGGUAGCCAGGCCCUGCUGUGGUAUCUGAACAAGCUGGAUGAGGCGAACCCUAACAAGAACGAGAUGAAGUCUCUGAGGAAACGUCUGAACGACAUGAUGAAGUACUGCCAUGAUCUGUUGUUCCACCAGCAGGACAAAGUUGGAGAGGAGGCCUACAUUACAAUUUGUGACCUACUGGUCAUGUUCAGCCGCCACCUGGGGGAGAUUAAUGAGGUCAUGCGGCCGCUGGUGUACGAGCCGGACAAGAACCUCCAGCAACAGCUCAGUAACUUCCUGACGGAGAAAGUCUUCAUCGAGGACGACGACGAUGACAUUGAUGAAAAUGUGAAGAUUGAGGAACUCCACAAGCGUCGUAACUUUCUGGCUUCAUUCUGUAAACUGGUCAUCUACAACAUCGUCCAGAUCCGAAUGGCAGCCGACAUGUUCAAACACUACAUGAAGUUUUACAAUGACUAUGGAGAUAUCAUCAAAGCGACUUUGGGUAAAGCUCGCGAGAUCAACAAGGUGUCCACGGCCAAAACACUGGCACUGAGUCUGACCCAGCUGUACAAGGAGCUACAGAUGGAGAUGGGGGCGGUGGACCGGUCGUCAGAGGCCUUCCAGUCACUCAAGGAGUUGUCCAGAAGAUUUGCGCUGUCGUUUGGCUUGGAUCAAGUCAAGAACAGGGAGGCUGUGGCAGCCAUGCACAAAGAGGGCAUCGUGUUCAGUCUACAUGUGGAUGAACACCACGACCUCAGCACCCCACCCCCAAACCUUUCCUUCCUAGAGGUCAUCUGUGAGUUCACCAACAAACUGAUGAAGCAGGACAAGAAAGUUGUGUUACAUUACCUGGACAAGCACCUGCCCGGUGGGAUGAUGCCCCAGUCUCGGUCCGAGGAGUGGCAGUCCCUGUUCACCUAUCGUAACAGUCUGUCCCAGGGAGACGGGGAGGUCCACCCCAUUACCCUCAAACAGGCCACCCAGAGGCGUUACGCUAACAAACGCAAGCAGAUCGAUGUGUCUGACCACGACUCUAACAUGAGCGACUGGGUGGACAUGUCGGUCGGAACACCCGCCCCGGGGGUCCCUGUGAUGGCCUCAACCGCCAUCAAACGACGUCGUAUGGAUGAGGAGAGCGUGGGUGGGGCCUCGGAGCAGUCAGAGGACUUCCAGGAAUCGUACAUUGGUGGGGCCCCUCCCACACCCCACAUGUCAUGGAUGACUGCACAGAAAGGACAGACCGGUGCCCAGAGGCAGAUGGAGGCCGCGUAUGGACACUACAGACAGGGCGGAAACUUACCUCCAAUGGAGACAGAAGGAAGUGAGGCCAGCAUUGGCGACUUUGAGAGUCCAAGGUCACAUGUCAUGCCUCCUGGUUACUAUGGUGACGGCACACAGAACAUUGAGGAUCCGUCUCAUUCCGGGGUCAUUCAUCACCUGCCCCCCGUACAGGUGCCGGGAAUGCAGCACAUGUCGGAAUCAGUGUUUGUGGGACUGUGUGAGAUAGUGGGGACCUCACAACUGGUGGCCCUUAGGAGGGAGACAGAGGCCAUCAGGGAGAUGGUGAAGAGACGAGUUACACCUAAUGAUGGGCUCAUUGAGAUGUUGAGUGGAAGUAUGAGAGAAGGAUUCAGGCUGAAGGGAUCAGAUAGGGACAUCAUGUUCUGGUAUAACAACGACCGAGUGAUCAUGGACAUGUCUCAGUCUGAGAAUUACAACACAGCCAAUACAGUCUUGAUUCUCUCUGACAGUUCCGAGAGUCCCCCAGGAUUCACUCUACUUCAGUUACUGACACCAAGAACAGGCAGAUAUGUCUUCUCAGCAUGCGUCAGAAUGAAUGACAGAGUCUUUAUAUCUAGUUCUAUAUGGAGACAGUUAACUUGUUCUGUAAUGGUGCCUAAUACUACUGUACAUGGACCCUGUGGUACUGGUAUACUGGGAAGGGUGGAAUAUGACACUGCCAUCUGUUUUAUUUGUGACUUUUGGCCUUCGUCUGCCUCCUCGUGGAUAGACAGAUGUCACGCAUGGCCUAAUCCUGAAGUUGUUCAUGAUAUUGUGAGGAAUGGUUGUCACUUUGUAGCGAUAGGACACCCAUUAGGAAUUCAUGAAAAUGAAGAGUGGAGAAUUUCAUUUUCUCAAGCAGAAUAUAAACUUGUGUAUUCAAUGAACCACUGUCAAUUUUUGACAUACGGAUUGUUAAAAAUAUUUUUAAAAGAAGUUAUAGAUCAACAAUCAGAGGAAACCAAUAAACUGUUGUGUUCCUAUCACAUGAAGACAACCGUUUUCUGGGUGAUUCAAAAUAACACACUACCUUACUGGUGUCCACAAAAUCUGCUGACCGGUUUCUGGGUCUGCUUUAAACUUCUCCUUAAAUGGGUGUACAAGGGGAUUUGUCCUAACUUUUUCAUCCCCCAAAACAACAUGUUUCUGACAAAAAUCAAUGGAUCAGCACAAAACAGAUUGUUCCUACAGUUACAUGAAUUGUACAAGAAAGGUCUGGCCUGUCUGUUACAUAGUUCGUCUAUCAGACACAUUGAUACAACAUUAUCAAAAGCAGCUCUAGAUGAGCUGCAGGUCUUAGUCCACCAUGAUCAGGGAAUGUAUAUAUAUGAUCUAUCCAGAGACAUCUCCUGGGAGAUUCUGGGGAUCUGUCAACAGAUGGCAGGGAACCUCCAGGCUGCUCUAUAUUCAUACCAACAGUCACUCACACAGCAUCCAAUUAACAGAAUACAGACUGCUACACAUAUGAGAAUACAAGAUGUUGUCAGUCAGUUGAACAAUUGA